GUAACAUACACUCCUCUGACAGUAACAUACAAUCCUCUGACUGUAACAUACAAUCCUCUGACUGUAACAUACAAUCAUCUGACAGUAACAUACAAUCAUCUGACAUUAACAUACAAUCAUCUGACUGUAACAUACACUCCUCUGACUGUAACUUACACUCUGACUGUAAUAUACACUCCUCUGACUGUAACUUACACUCUGACAGUAACAUACAAUCCUCUGACAGUGACAUACACUCUAACAGUAACAUUCACUCUGACUGUAACAUACAAUCCUCUGACUGUAACAUACAAUCCUCUGACUGUACCAUACAAUCCUCUGACUGUAACAUACACUCCUCUGACUGUAACAUACAGUCAUCUGACAGUGACAUACACUCUGACAGUAACAUACACUCUGACUGUAACAUACACUCCUCUGACAGUAACAUACACUCUGACUGUAAUGUACACUCUGACAGUAGCAUAUACUCUGACUGUAAUGUACACUUUAACAUUAACAUACACUCCUCUGACAGCAACAUACACUGGAAUAGUAACACACACUCGUCCGAAGGUAACUCACCCUCCUCCUCCAGUUUGGAAGUCAGCUCCAGCACUCUGUGUUGCUCCAUACUCCUUGAGGAGAACUUCAACCCAGCAUCCUGCGGUGGCCUCCUCCUCAAUGCUGCCCCAUCCUCUGAUCCUCCUGAAGCCGAGGAGCAAUCUGAAGGUAAAGAUUUUGACAGGAGUCUGAACUUGAAGACUGAACCUGAUGCCUGCCAUCAGCAGGACAGGGGUGGGGGGGACAAGGAGGUGGGAGAGGAGGUGCAGAGGGACCAGAGUAGGGAGCAGAUGAAGGUCAAACAGGAUUUUGUGAAGUCACUUUUUAAGGAAGAGGAGGUGGUAGAAGGGAAACAACAGCAACAAUUACAGGAGGCAAAGUGCAGGAGCAAAGAGGAAGUGGAGGAAAGUGAAAAGAUUGAGGGAAUCGAAGAAGUGGGACAGAAGAUGGAGGUGGAGGAGGUGCAGGUAUUAGCACAGCAGGAUCAAAAGGAGGAACAGGAGGAAGUGAUUAAAGAGAUCAAGAAGGAAGCUGAGAAAAUAAAAGGAUGUGCAGAAGCGUACACGGAUAAAGUCUCUUUCUUAAAAAAAGAACAGAAACCACACCAUAGAGACCCUUAUUGUGAAGUUAUCAAACAGGAAACUCAUCUUGGACUCUAUUAUUGUGAAAACGUUUCACUGUUGUCACAUCCUGAGGAUUCUUUUUGUGUAAAUGACAAACUGCUAUCAUAUUCCGCGGACAACUCUUAUUGUGGAAAUAUCAAACAAAAAUCAAAAUUUAAAGACUCUUAUUGUGAAAACUCCUCAAUGAAUUCACAUUCUGAGGACUCCUAUUGUGAAAAUAAAUCACAAAACUCUCCACCGGGGGCUUCCUAUUAUGAAAAUGUCAAACAAUUAAUACAGCCUGAGAACUAUUAUUUUGAAGAUGUAGCACUGCAAUCACUUUUGGAGAAGUCUUAUUGUGUAACUGUCUGCCAAGAAACACAUUCUGAAGACACUUAUUCUGAAAAUGUGACUCAAAAACUACAUCCUAAAGAAUUCGGUCAACAUUUUCUAAAAGAAACAUGUUCCGAGGACUUUUGUUCUGAAAAUAAAACAAAGUCAAAAGAUUUUUUUUGUGAAAAUAUCAAGCAAAACAUUUUUUUGUGUGGAAACAACAAAUUGCAAUCACAUUCUGCAUCACACUGGGAAAUAACACAAAAAUUACCUCUCAAAGAUUUAUGCUGUGGACAUAUUUUGCAGAAAACACAAACUGACUUUUCUGCAGAGAUUGAAGGACAGCAGUCUCACAUUGAGAAGCCUUCUUCUGAAAUUCCGCAACAAACACCCUGGGAAAACUCUUAUUGUGAAAACUUCACCCUUUGGAAUGCCUUCAACUCUUAUUCUGAAGAGCCAACACAAACACAACCUGAGGACUCUUAUUCUGAAGACACUAAACAAACCCAACCUGAGGACUCUUGUUCCGAAAGCACAGAACAAGCACACGCUGAGGACUCUUAUUCUGAAAACAGAAUGCAAAUCCAACUUGAGAACUUUUAUUCUGAAAACACAAUACAAACACAACCCCAGGACUCUUAUUCUGAAACACCAAAACUUCUUGAAGUCUCUUAUUCUAAAAAGAAAAUACAAACACAACCAGAGGACUCUUAUUCUGAAAAUACAAUACAAAAACAGACUGAAGAAUCUUAUACUGAAGACUCUAAACGAGCACAACCUGAGGACUCUUGUUCUGAAAACCCAGAAGAAAUACAACCUGAGGGCUCUUGUUCUGAAAACUCAGAAGAAAUACAACCUGAAGACUCUUGUUCUGAAAGCUCAGAAGAAACACAACCUGGGAAGUCUUAUUUUGAAAACUUAGAACAAGCGCAAUCCAAGGACUCGUAUUUUGAAAGCACAGACCAAACUCACUCUAAAGACUCUUAUUCUGCAGGCACUAAACAAACACAACCUGAGGAUUCUUAUUCUGAAAACACACAACAAACACAACCUGGAGACUCUUAUUCUGAAAGCACCAUACAAAAACAGCUUGAAGAAUCUUAUUCUGAAGGCACUAAACAAACACAAUCUGAGGACUCUUAUUCUGAAAGCACUGAACAAAUACAAGUUGAGAGCUUUUGUUCUGAAAGGGCAAUUAAAACACAAGCUGAGGACUGUUAUUUUAAAAGCACAGAACAACCACCACCCGAGGACUCAUAUUCUGAAAACACAACACAAACUGAGGACUCUUAUUCUGAAAACACAACACAAACACAAGCUGAGUAUUUAUAUUCUGAAAGUGCAAUAAAAACAAGAGCUGAGGACUCUUGCUUUCAAAGCACAGAACAAACACAACCUGAGAACAUUUAUUAUGAAACCUCAAUACCAGCUGGGGACUUUUAUUCUGAAACCACAAUACAAAAACAACCUAAAGACUCUUAUUCUGAAAGCACUAAACAACAACAAUCUGAGGACUCUUAUUCUGAAAGCACAGAACAACCACAACCUGAGGACUCUUAUUCUGAAAACAUAGAUCAAACUGAACUUGAAGACUUUGAUUCUGAAGGCGCUAAACAAAGUCAUCCUGAGGUCUCUUAUUCGGAAACUAAGACAUCACAAACUGAAGCCGAAUUUCUCAAGUGUGACAGAGGACAACAUAAUGAAGAGAUAAACAGUGAGGAAGGUGAGGAACACAGCUGUGAGUCUGGUGGACAAAGAUCUACAGAUCAUCAAACGAAAGUUUACAGUCACGAGUCUCCUCCUGUCCAAUCAAAGGUUGAUAUGUCUGCUGGUACCAGUCCAAUAGAACCAGAACAACCACCAGCUGCACCAGCAGUCCAUUUCCAGUCCUCCCACUCCUGUCAGCCUAGCUUCUACAGUCAGCUGCUGAGGUCUGGAGCUGUGUGUCUGCCUGGAACCAAAGACCGAGGAGGACGAGCUAUCUUUACCGUCUCCUGUUUAAACUCUGUGUGGUUGAAUCCCUACUGCAACAGUCCAGAGCUUCUCCGCCUCCUCCUCUACUACACCUUCACCCUCAGGAAGGAAGUGCGAGCCUUGGGGCUGACGGUGCUGGUGGACGCCCGCGGAGCUGCUCCUCCCUCGGCGUUGUUCUCCGCCUUCAGGUUGCUGCAGGAGGACACGCCAGGCUCCAUCCACAUGAUGUUAAUCCUGCUUAACAAAGAGUCGUUUCUGUGUCUGGACAAACCUGCUUCCACCCAGGUGGAGAUGCUGAGUUCUUUGAAGUCCCUGCAGAAACACGUGGACCUCCGGCAGCUUCCUGCAGACUUUGGAGGAUCGUUCCGCUUCAGUCAGAACAACUGGAUCAGCUUCAGAUCGAGGGUGGAUCAGCUGACCAGACAGUGUAACGAUGUGAUCCAGCUGCUGCAGAAAAGCAUCAGCAUCCUGCAGAGCACUCCUGUACCUGCUGCCAAACAGGAUGCUGAGCUGCUGCUGUCCAGGUACAAGGCAGUGAUGGGUAGCAUCCUAGGAGACAUCCAGUUGGUCUGGCUGCAGCGAGAGGGCGGAGCCUCUCUGUCUGUGCUCCGCAGGGAGGAGGGAGGUGAUGGUGUGUCAGAAGAGCAGCAGGCGGCUGUGGAGGAGGUGUCAUCUCUGUACGAGGAGGUGGACGAGCUGCUGCACCGCCUGGUCACUCUGUACAACGCCAAGACUCAGGAACUCAACUUUGUCAAGGACUUCAGGAACCUGGAGCAGGACUUCAGCCUGGCUUAUGAGUGGGCGUUGGAGAGUAUGCGUCACCUCGCUGGGAUCUCCAUGGAGGACUGCACACACCCUGACAAAUGCCAGGCUGUGAUUGACAGCUUGGAGGAGUACCAGCAAACACACCCUCCGAUCCCAGAUGCUCGUUUCCAGGAGAUGAGGGCAGAGGCCGCGGAGCUGCAGGGUGAUCGCGGGCUUCAUCAUUGGACCUUCGCCUGGGCCAAGUGUCAGGAAACAAAGAAGAUGUUUGACCGGAAGAUGGAGGCGGUGCUUAGAACACGAGACUCUGUCCACAGGCGCCGCUCUGACUCUGUUACCAGCAGAAGCUCCAUCUCCUCCAGAAAGUCUUUGUCAGGACUGUGGGGUGUUCAGGAGAGCUCCCCGUGCUCCCUAGAGAGUGACACCUCAUCCCCCGUCUUCUCUGCCUCCCCCCCCACACCCCACCGCACCUCGCUCCUUCAACGCCUCUUCCGAAGCUCCUCCUCCUUUGAGGAGGCCUCAGAGCAGAAGGACAACCUCUCCCCCAGUCCCAGCCUCACCCGUCUCAACUCCUCCCACAGCUUCUCUCCCUUCUUUUCCCCCAGCUUCUCCUCCUUCAGCUUCUCCCCAUUGUUCUCCCCCAGGUUAUCACCUUCCUCGUCCUCCAGCAGGCGGCAGCAUCUGAGGAAGACUCAGAGUUUUGACUGUCCCUCCACGCCUGACGUAUUACGGUGCGGCUCUGGGCCCCGGACCCUCAGCGAGCCGCCUCGCAGAGGAAACACGGGCGUGUUCAUCCGUGGUUUGGAGGUCAGCAGUUCGGAAGCGGCUGAUCAGACCUUGUGCCCCAGAAUGCCAGCCCACAGCUGGACGGGUCCGGGACCACGCAGCCCUCAGACGCCUGGCACCCCCGCAGUAGACGGCCACCACAGAGAAGGAAGUAGGCUGCGUCACAUCGUGGAGGAAAUGGUGACAACGGAGCGCGAAUAUGUCCGCUCGUUACGGUACAUCAUUCAUCACUACUUCCCUGAGAUGGACCGGGCCGACCUCCCCCAGGGCCUCCGAGGGAAACGCUCUGUCAUCUUCGGAAACCUGGAGAAGCUGCUGGAUUUCCACAGCCAGUUCUUCCUGCGGGAGUUGGAGGCUUGCUGGAAACACCCGCUGAGAGUGCCGCACUGCUUCCUGCGACACGAGGAGCAGUUCAGUCUCUACGCUCUGUACAGCAAGAACAAACCGAAGUCUGACGCCCUGUUGGCCAACCAUGGUCACUCCUUCUUCAGGUGGAAGCAGUUGGAACUGGAAGAUAAGAUGGACCUGUCGUCCUACCUGCUGAAGCCCAUCCAGAGAAUGAGUAAAUAUGCUCUGCUCCUAACUGACCUCAUGAAGGAGGUGGGCACAGAGCAGGAGGCGGAGCUUACAGCUCUGCAGGCUGCCACCAGCAUGGUGAAGUUCCAGCUUCGCCACGGCAAUGACCUGCUAGCUAUGGACGCCAUUCGAGACUGUGACGUAGACCUGAAGGAGCAGGGUCAGCUGAUCCGUCAGGAUGAAUUUACCGUCUCGAGCGGCAGGAGGAAAUGUCAGCGCCACAUCUUCCUGUUUGAGGAGCUCAUUCUCUUCAGUAAACCCAAGAAAAUGGAAGGAGGGCUAGACGUUUUCAUCUACAAACACUCCUUCAAGACAGCAGACGUGGGUCUGACCGAGUCAACAGGGAACAGCGGGCUCAGGUUUGAGAUCUGGUUCAGGAGGAGAACAACCAAGAACCAGACCUUCAUACUUCAGGCCACCACAGCCGAGGUCAAACACACGUGGACGACUGACAUCGCCCGGAUCCUUUGGACCCAGGCCACCCGGAACAAAGAGAUGCGACUGAAGGAGAUGGUGUCGAUGGGCGUGGGGAACAAACCGUUUCUGGACAUCCAGCCGAGCGACGCCGCCAUCAGUGACCGAGCGGUUCACUACAUCAUGAAGAACAAAGGGGCCAGAACUCGAGCAUCUAUCGCCGUCUCUGUGUUUGACCACUCUCAGCCAUUCAAACGAGAAGCCGUGACCUCUGACCCUGCAGCAUCAGGACCGUCCUCCUGCAGCCUGCUGGGGCCACUCAACUUGCACAUGUACAGUCAGUUGCCCCCCGCUGCUCCUCCUGCUGACUCAUCCUUCAGCUCCUCUUGUAUUGAGGAAGAUGAGCAGGAACAUGAAACCAGCAGCCAGCCCUCCAUGACCACCGAGAGUUCUGGUUCUUCGUCUCGUUGCCUCUCUGGUUCCACAGGCUCCGACAGCGGCUGCGUCUCCUCCCACCUCCAGGAGGCGAUGCUUGGAGAGUCCAGUCCACCCAGCCAGCCCUCUUCCUCCUCAUCCUCAUCUUCCUCCAGCAAACAGCACCUCCCCAAUGACUACAUGUCUUCUAAAGCUGCCACCAUCAUCUGACCUUCACCUGAUCCUCCUAAUGGUGAUUGCUGGACAUGGGCACCGGUGACCCCC